UCUCAUUGCGCAUGCGCUUGUUUCCUCGCUUCACCUCCCUGCUCUGAGUUUCACCAUGGCGAACGUUGCCGACACAAAACUGUACGACAUUCUCGGCGUGUCUCCUUCAGCGUCUGAAAACGAGCUCAAAAAGGCCUACCGCAAAUUAGCCAAGGAAUAUCACCCUGACAAGAACCCAAAUGCUGGAGAUAAGUUCAAAGAGAUCAGCUUUGCUUACGAAGUGCUGACCAACCCAGAGAAGAAAGAGCUGUAUGACCGCUAUGGAGAGCAAGGCCUGCGAGAAGGAGGCGGAGGAGGACCUGGCAUGGAUGACAUCUUCUCUCACAUUUUCGGUGGUGGCCUCUUUGGCUUCAUGGGUGGUCAGGGGCGCAGCCGGAACGGUGGCCGGCGGAGAGGGGAGGACAUGGUGCACCCUCUCAAGGUAUCACUUGAAGAUCUGUAUAAUGGAAAAACAACCAAAUUACAACUGAGCAAGAACGUCCUUUGUAGCACUUGUAAUGGCCAGGGCGGGAAGACUGGCGCAGUGCAGAAGUGUUCAACCUGCAGGGGGCGUGGUAUGCGAAUCAUGAUCAGACAGCUGGCUCCUGGCAUGGUCCAACAGAUGCAGUCCGUCUGCACUGACUGCAACGGUGAAGGUGAAGUGAUCAGUGAGAAAGACCGCUGUAAAAAGUGUGAGGGGAAGAAAGUGGUGAAGGAGGUAAAAAUCUUGGAGGUGCACGUGGACAAAGGCAUGAAACACGGGCAGAAGAUCACCUUCGGUGGAGAAGCAGAUCAGGCGCCAGGCGUCGAGCCUGGAGAUAUCGUCCUUGUCUUGCAGGAGAAGGAGCAUGAGACAUAUAAAAGAGACGGACACGACCUGCACAUGACCCACAAGAUCGGCCUGGUCGAAGCACUCUGCGGUUUUCAGUUCGUCCUGAAACAUCUGGAUGGCAGACAGAUUGUGGUGAAAUAUCCAGCUGGUAAAGUCAUCGAGCCAGGUUCCAUCCGAGUUGUGAGAGGUGAGGGGAUGCCACAUUACCGCAACCCCUUCGAGAAAGGAGACCUGUUCAUCAAGUUUGAAGUUCAGUUUCCAGAGAACAAAUGGAUCAGCCCAGAGAAACUGUCGGAAUUGGAGGACCUGCUGCCUUCACGCUCCGAGGCUCCAAUAAUCUCUGGCGACGCAGAGGAAGUGGACCUGCAGGAAUUCGACAUGAGCCAGAGCUCAUCUGGCAGCCAUCGACGUGAAGCCUACAACGACAGCUCUGACGAGGAGAGCGGCCAUCAUGGCCCGGGGGUGCAGUGCGCCCAUCAGUAAGCAUGACCAUCCCAACCUGUCUGGAUCCAGAGAAGGAAAAAAAAAGUAAAUGUUCUAGUUGCACAACAUCAGAUAAACAAAGGUGUGGCUGUUUUGUUUUUUUUCCUUCUAUCUGAUUGGGGUUUGCCUUAAACAGCAAGUUCGCUGCUUUCCUGAGUGCACGCACAUAUGAGCCUGUAGCUCUUCCCCCUUUCCUCUCUGCCACCCUUCCUGAUUAGUUCCCAAUACAGGCAACCUCACAUCAGAUGGAGGAUGAGAAGGAAAAAAAAAAGGUCAUUUCUCUUUUAUUGGUGUGUAACUUGCUUUUUUUUUUGUUGUUGUUGUUGCUGCUGCUGUCAGCAUAGUAUUUAGAGUUAAUUUAAAACUAAUCCCAAUGUGCAGUUCUGGCCUUGGACUUGAGCCUCUUUGUAAAGAGUGUGUUGUGUGUAUGUGUGUGAGUGAGACCGUAAAAGAGAAAAGUCCUUUAAAUAAACACCUUUGGGACAUUAUAAUCAUAUUUUUAGGUUGGUUUGUACGUAUUUGUGCUCGGUUGAUUUUUACCACUUUACUUUGUAGAUUUUUACUUUUUCCUUUAUUUUAAGAAUUGGAACAAGAGUCUACAGCUUUGUGUAUAAAAUUUAAAGUGUUUUGUCAUUUAAGCUUUGAGCUGCAGUUAUGAUCUAGUUUAAAUAAAACUUUCACUUGCCUGUAUCCAUCUGCAGCCCAGGUGCAUGCUGGGGAAAGCACUGAAACAUCAAAAAAAAAAAAAAAAUCUUAUCGUGAAACAAGUAAGGUGGAAAGCAGCUGUUGGCGUGUACCUUCUGUGGAAGAAUGUUUAUCAAAUUGUUAAAUAAAAACAGUAUCUCCCAAA